CGCGCAGCAACGAAGACCCUACUCAGUCAAAUAUAAAAAAUUAAAUAAAUAAAUUUAUUAAAGAAAGAAAGAAAUUAAAUAAUCUGAUUCCUCCAACAAUCUUGUGAUAUAGAUAAGGCAGGUAGUAUUAAGCAUAUUUUACAGACGGUGGACUGAGAGAUUAGGUGACAUCUUCCGGCACACAGCUGGUGAUCUGUGAGAAUGGAAGUCAGCACGGCCCAGCUGUGGGAAUGCAGCAGCAGCAAGGAAACUCAGAGAGCCACAGUGUCCCCAACCAAAGUCACAGAAUUGAAACUCAGACGCCGGAUUCCUGGAAGCUUCCCCUUGCCUCCACUUUCAUAACCCUCCAUGAAGCAACAAGCACAUCUGUGAGCUUCCCUUCCUCUGUGGCGUCCAGGCCAGGCCCUUGGAGGUCACUGUUCACAGGGGCAUCCCUAGGGCACGUGGCAAAAGAAUGGGUGAGACAGGUCCUGCCUUAAAAAAUGUUCAUAUUUCUUCGGUUCAAUUCCAGAAACAUUUAUUGAGGCCUCUUGUGCGCUGGUCCUGUGCUGUGUGUGUGUGGUGGGGAACGGGGUCAGUGGCACACAGGGAGGAAUUAGGUGUGGUGCAAUUCUGCUGCUGGCAGCGCAGUGUAGUCAACAGAGCAUAAGCUUCGGGGUCAGGCGAACUUGGGUUUCAUGUGACCUCUAUUGCUUCCUAGCUGGUGACUCUGGGCAAGUAAUUUUCUUAAGCUCUUUGAGUCUCAUGGUCUUCAUCUGUGAAGUGGGAAUAAAAAUACGGACCUUACUAGUUUGCUGGGAAAGUUAGAUAAAAUAAUGUGCUUAACGUCCUCAGCAGUGUCUGGCACUGGCGUUUCAUGUACUGAUCUGAUCCCUUUGUGUCUCUUUCCCUCAUUGAAUCCAGAAACAGGAUUCAGAAAGGGAAGCUCUACACACAUCCCACUGCACCUAACCACGUGGCUAAACCAUCAGCCUUACUUUACUUUAUUGCUCAGAUACUAAUUCCCUUCUACCUUCUCCUGUCCUUGGGGAGCUCAUGAACUAUGGGGAAACACAAACAACCCAGCUAGUUGUAUGAGGCAGAAUGAAGUAAAAGCUUUAAACAAAACAAGCCAACAAAAGCACAGGCUGAAGGAAACUAGGAGGAAAGCAUGGCCAGACCGGAAGUAUGGAGCUCAGCUAAGGCUCCAGAAAGGAAGUAGCACUUGAACUAGGCUUAACGAGUUACUGCGCUCAAGGGUGCAAGGGUGACCAUAGCUGCUUGGUCAAGGUGGAAUUCCUCCGGGCCAGACUUUAGGUCCUGGGCCAACUUGGGAUGAGAAAGAUCCAUCUGGUGCUAGCAUUGCCUUGGCAUGCUUCCAGCCGAUUUGUACCAUCCUCCAAGUGGAGCCAGAAGAGCUCCAUGGAAGAAAUGAACGCCAGGCCGUCAAGUGGAUUCUGUGGUGGGCACCCAGGAUGUUGUACGUCCCCACAGUGUGGAAUCCCCACUCCCACAAGACAGCAACCACACCCCUACCCCUCGUCACCACAGCUACUAUCACAGGACUUCUCAGUUCCACUUUCAGCAGAAAAACCUCACCACCAGGCCUAGGAAUCAGUGAUGCGGCCAGUGCAUCUAGAUUCCAGUUUGAAUCAGGACCUGCAUCCCUCCCCGGGCCAGGCAGCCUUUUCUCUUUAAACAGCUAUGCAGCAGACCUGAGUCAGUUUCAGACUUUCUGCCUCCUGGGACUGUGUCGGUGUUGCAAAAAUAGAGGACCAGGGGCUUCCAGAGAGGACUCAGCCCCCACGGUGGUAACUGGGACCCUAGGGGGGUCUGUCAUUUUGCCCCUGCAGCUGCAGGAUGGACAGCAGGUGGAGAACAUCUACUGGAUGUGUCGUUUGGUGUCCGGGGUAAUAGCCACGGUAACCUUGGUAGAAGCUGGAGGGCCAGACACCUUUUACCAGGCAGAAACGCAGUACUGGGGUCGUUUGAGUGUGAUGGGCCCAGGCUGCUCCCUGCAGAUCAGCCACCUGAGCUGGGAGGGUGCAGGGUCCUACCGAGCCCACGUUAAUCUGUGGAGUUCCCGCAUCACCCACGCCUGGGAGUACAGCCUGCACGUCUAUGGACCAGGAAUCCUGGGAGGGGAAUCAGUAGGGGAGAUAGUGAUCAGCACCCUUGGGAAGUCGGCCCCUCUGCCUCUGGAAGUCCUGGUGGGGCAGGAGGUUGAAAAGGUUACCUGGAGCUCUCCAGGGCUUGUGGCUAUUUUGCAACCAGGACGGGCAGGCAAACCAAUCCUUGUUGCUGGGAUGCAGGGACCCAAGAGCAGGAGAAGAGUCUGCAAGAGCCCAAUAUCACGGCCAGCUCUCAGAUCAUGAAGGAUGGGACCUGCUUCAUCACCCUGGCUUGCUGGAUGGACCAGGCUGGAGAGGAUGUUAAGUAGAGCUGGGACCCCCAAGACCAGGGGGCAGUUGCGUCUCACAGGCGGACCACUCUCAGCGUGUCCUGGAGAUCUGGGGUCAGUGACAGGUAUCGCUGUACUGCCAAGAACCCCAUCAGCCAGAGCUCCAGCUCCAUCCCUGUCAGGCCCCUCUGCUCAGGUUCCUUCCUACUCUGCUCCUUGAGGAAAGAGUUUCUUCUCUUUUUGAUCCUGGGAGCUUUGCAGAUUAAAUAGAUUUCACCUUGACCUGUGGAGAAGCCAAGAGGAAGAAUGUGAGAAGAGGGUCACCCUGUGAGACACAGAGAUAAGGAAGUCUACACAGAGAGAGAGGAGUGUGACCUGAUACCAGCAUCUCCUGGUGUGAGUGAGAGAGAGACGUCGAUUCUGAUUAAGUGGAAAACUGAUUUCUUUUGCAAACCGAGUUCAAAACAAGCAAGAAACUGCUACAUAUCUUCAGUUUAAAAUAAUCUGUUUAUGUCUUAACUGUUUUAAAGUGUUCAGAAAGAAAAGAGGGCUUAUUCACAUAAGAAAAAUUGAAUGGUUUGAAGCAUAGUUAAUAUAUAAUGAUAAUAUGUAAUUAACAAAACUAUUAAAUUUUGUGCAUAUACAUUAUUUUUUGUUAAAAUUUAAGUAAAUGGGCUCAGAGGACCCAGAUUCAACUUAAAUUUCAUCUCCUUGGAGCAGCCUUUGACCACCUUAUUGAAGCAGGUCUUACUUAUUCAUAGUCAUUGUACCCAGUUCAGUUUUGUCAAAUUAUCACAAUUUGUAAAUAUAUAUUUAUUUGUUAGUUGUCGUGGUCUGAACGAGGGUUGGAAAAUAAUUUCUAGACACAAGGCAGAAUGUAAAGAAGAUAGAAUUUAUUGGAGGGCAGGGUCGCUGCCAGAACAGCGUGUUGACUUCCUAGUAGUCUGGGACACUCAAGCCAGAACGUGUGCUACUGCUCAGUUUUUAUAGCCAGAACACAAAAGAAUGGUCCAAGGUGAAAAUUUCAUUUACUGAUUGGUCAAGGCACAUAUACCUUCCUUCUAUAGAGUGGGAGUGGGACAGGACAUAUGCCUUUCCUUAGUUGGGACAGGUCCUGUUUCCCAGGUGAGCAUUGCCCAGGUGGGCUCAGGAAUUUUGUAACCAUUACAACAUGGUGGGGAGGGCAAUUAAGAGUCCAGUAGGGGGUGUAACGCUGACACCUUUUCAGGCAACGUCGUCCUUUAUCCUUGAAGCAUCAUUGUCCUUGGAGCACCACAUUAGUUUACUUGUUUAUUGUCUCUCUCCCCCACAAGACAUUCAGCCCAUGAGGACAAGAACUGUAUCUAUUUUGUUUACAACUGUAAACCCAAAGGGUAAUAGAGUUCUUGGCUUGUGGUAGAUAUUUCAAUAUUUUUUUUAAUGCAUGAAUAACUAGUUGGAUUAGAGUUGAGAACAUUCUUUUUAAGAUUUGAAGACUAUCAGAAAGUUUCGUAAAAAUCUGGGACCUAUA